AUGGAAACAGAUAUUGAGAGAAUCAAUGAAUGGCGUUCUCGAAGUAUUCAAGAAAUCAAAUCGUAUGCAGAUGAGCAGAUUCGUAUUCUCAAACUUGACUACGAUAAUCAACGACCCAUUUUUGAUGAGAAACGUGAUGGAUAUCUUGAAAUAGCAAAAGUUUAUCAUAUCUCAAAGGGAAAAGAUCUAUUUAAUGAACUAUAUACUGCAUGUCAAUUGUUGGAAUUUCAAAUGGGACAACUUGAGUAUGUUUUGGAUCAAAAACAACGUCCUAAAGUGAUAACAGUAGAAGAGUUGACAAAAGGAAAGAAGCAAGACACGACUAAGGCACAAGCAAUUAAAUUUGAAAACAAUCAAACAAGAUCAAUAGAUGAAAAUGUUUACACAAGGGAAAGCAAUGAAAACGAUAUUGCAAAAUCAUCUGCCAAGUCAAUAUCAUCAAUGCCAAAUGGAACAUAUGAAGAACUAUCGAUGACUUCAUCCUCGAAUAUUAAUGAUAGUUCGAUCGGCAGUAACAAUAAUUCGAAAACUGGAACCGCAGGCGGCGAUGAUAUAAAUAGUAAAUGCCCUAUAUGUUGUAUGAUAUUUCCAUUGACUAUGUCAUGUCAAGAUCAAUAUCAACAUAUCAAUGAACAUAUGACAGAUGAUAAUAAUACAAGUGUCUAUUGUUGA